GACAGAAGACAGAAUUCAAAUUUGACGUCACUUUAACCAUUUUUAAUUCAAUGGAUCUAGAAUUUUCGUAAAAUAUUUCUAGAUUCUAGAUAUCGUAAUAUAAUUCGUCAUAUAGUUAUAGACGAAUAUUCGAGCGUUGAUAUUUACAUACUGCCGUUUUCACAAAUACAAUUGUGUUAACUUUUAACUCAGCUUUAAUUUAUCAUAACCUAAAAUUAGGUAGGUGCCGUUGUCUGUGAUUAUUUUUUAAAUUAAUAUACAAAAUGGCUAAAUGGGGCGAAGGAGAUCCAAGGUGGAUCGUGGAGGAAAGGCCAGAUGCUACAAACGUUAACAACUGGCACUGGACCGAAAAAAACGCAGGACCUUGGUCUCAAGAGAGGAUAAAGGAGUUGUUUAAAGAUGUUAAGGUGGAAUCCAAUGAAGCUGAUCUCACCAUCAAAGAUGUAGAAAAAGUUACUGGUGAAGCGUCUGCCAAUAAUAGAAAAGGAAAACUGAUAUUUUUCUAUGAAUGGGAUUUAGUUAUAAACUGGUCUGGAAAGUUAAAAGACGGCAGUGAUAGGGAAUUCAAAGGAAAAAUCAAAAUACCAAAUCUUUCAGAGGAGAAUGAUGUUACUGAGCUAGAUAUACAAUUCAGUGUGACAGAUGAGGAUGAGGAGGGCUGUAAGCUAAAGGAGAUAAUGAAAAAAACUGGUAAAGAUUUUGUAAGAAGCCAGCUAUCAAAAUACAUCUCGGGUCUCAAGGAGGAGUUCUCCAAAGGUAUGAUUCUUCCAAAGAAAGGAGACGAGAAGGUAGAUAAUGUCAAAACUCUUACUAGUGGAUUUAAUAAGAAAAUUAACAUGGAACCAGUGAUAAAUAACGAAAAUAAGCAGAUAGGAAUAAAACUCGACACCAAAAAUAUUAAACAGACACAUAAAUUUCAAUGCACAGCUCAGGAGUUUUACGAUGCAAUGACCAGAAUAGAGAUGGUGACGGCAUUCACGCGAGGACAUGUUAAAUUAGAGCCGACGAAAGGUGGAAAGUUCGAAUUGUUCGGCGGAAACAUUAUCGGAAAAUUCGAAGAAUUGGUACCUUGUAAAAAAAUUGUCCAGUCGUGGAGGUACAAACAGUGGCCGGCGGGGCAUUAUUCUACAGUUACCAUAACAGUGGACCAAAAGAGCGACCACACAGAAAUUACCUUAGAACAAAUAGGAGUACCUUCUGGAGAAUUGGACGUGACAAAAGACAACUGGCAGAGGUACUAUUGGGACGCUAUGAAGCAAGCAUUCGGCUUCGGAGCUUUCUUCGCAUAAAACAGCGUUAUUCAAUGGAAGAUACAAAAUAAAAACUCAUUUUAGCAUCGUCUAUGUAUAUCGCGCCAUUUUAUUUGAUCGUGUCUCGAAAAAUAAACAAAUAUUUGGAAACUUUCAGCUUUGUAAACUGUUUGUUAGCUUUUGGUAGGUAAAUAGUAAACGCAAAGCUACUAUAGUUGUUUGUUAUAGACUAUUCCGAGUUGCAUAGUCGAUAUUUCUAUAAUUUCGGGUUUCUAAUUUCUUUUGGUACGUUUCAGUUAAUCAGUGACACUGAUUCGUCAGUUACCAUUACUUAACUCACUCUCACUCAUCCAUGGAAUUGCUAUUAGCUGUCUAUUGUCCGAGUUGUACAGCCGAUAUUUCUAUAAUUUCGGAUUUCUGAUCUGUUCCGGUACGGAUCAAUGAAUCAGUGACCCCGAUCUGUCAGUUCCCAUCUCUUUAACGUCUCUACCUCAUCUACAGAAGUGCUGUAGCUGUCUGUUGCAGAUUAUUCCGAGUUGUAUAGGCGAUGUUUCUAUAAUUUUGGUUUUCUAAUCUCUUGGUACGGGUCAGUGAAUCAGUGACACUGAUCCGUCAGUUCCCAUCUUUUAAUUUACUCUCACUCAUCCAUCGAAGUGCUAUAGCUGUCUGUUCUAGGUUAUUCUGGCAACUAGGCCAUUAUGGAUGUAAGUCACGGAGAUAAAUAUUUGACGUAAGUUGCAGGGUUUUUCCAUCUUCUUUCAUAUUUUAUCUUUUCUUGCCUAAAAGUCCCGAAGUCGCGCCAGCUGACAGACAUUUUUCUUAUCAAAUAAGUACUCUCUACCAAAAUAAAUUCAAAGAAUCCGUGCUAAACCACCGUAAAAAUUUGACACUACCUCCCAGACUAUAUGGACGUACACACAAAAUUGACACACGUGGCCCAUAGGGCUUUUCAUCGAUUGUCAUUUGUUUCGAGCUUUUGUCAUAUGUUGUAUAAUCUGUGUGUAAUAAUAAUAUACACGGAUUAUACGACAUAUGACAGAAGCUCGAAACAAAUGACUGUGAAUGAAAAGCCCUAUUGAUCAGGACCAUGAUCUUAAGCAGCAUAAGAUGAUUCAAGGAUCAAGUAUCAUUUCAGCGUAUUGUUCUGUGCCAUUUUAUCUUAAUCCACUUUUUUACCAAUGUUCUGCAACAAAUCUUCCCUUGAGAGUAAAAGUCGGCCGUUUUGUUCCACAUUAGGGACCUUUCUAUAGUCAUUUAAAAAAUUAUAAAUCAUCUGCCUACCUAAAUAUUAUUAUAAAUAAAAAAACGUUUAAGUAAAAUCCUUUAUAAAAGGUAUAUUUAUUAAAAUUCCGUAAAAAGGGCUACAUCACAAAAGCAGAACUAGUUUUCAAUCUGAAAACAUAUCAUCAUCAGUGCUGACCUAAAAUAAGUAUAACCUAAAAGUUUAUUGACCAACAAAAUUGAAAAUAUUUGGGUAAAAACCCUUAAAAACUUAAACAGUCAUGGAAACAUUGACUUUAAAUAUUAUAAUAAACAUGGAUGUAUAAAAUAUCACAUGAUAACGGCCACGGGUACCAUCUGACCCUCACUUGAGUUGAAUUCGUUCUUCACAUUUUGAAGAACGUCGUUUUUGUCAAAGAUCAUUCAAAAUAUGAAGAACGAAUUCAACUCGAGUGAGGGUCAGAUGGUACCCGGGGCCGUUAUCAUGUGAUAUUUUAUACAUCCAUGUUUAUUAUAAUAUUUAAAGUCAAUGUUUCCAUGACUGUUUAAGUUUAAAGGGUUUUUACCCAAAUAUUUUCAAUUUUGGUGGCUUAGCAUGUCAGCAUCUUGUGAAUAUAACCUAUAUCUUUUUCAACCUUAAUCAACAUUUUAAAUUUUGCUUUAACUUAGUAGGUUAUACUUAUUUUAGGUCAGCGCUAAUGAUCUGUUAUCAAAUCAAAAACUAGUUCUGCUUUUGUGAUGUAGCCCUUUUUAGGGAAUUUUAAUAAAUAUAUUUUUUAUAAAGGAUUUUACUUAAAAGUUUUCUAUGAUACAUAUAUGGUAUACAGCCAGCUACAGGAAAUCCUUUUUCAAUAUUAUUUCAUUUUUUUCAUUUAGUUUUAUAAUAUUUACAAACAUCUUUUGAACUGGAAUAUUACGAAUACAUAAACGAAAAAAUAAACAAAGAAUAAAAUUCGAUAGAAAAUGGUUAUCUAUAGAGUCUGUAAUUUGGCAUCUAUUAGUCACUUAUACAAGUAUUACUAUAAAAGACAACACAUUCUGUGAAGUAAUAUCUAUUUUGUCUUAAGUAUUGUUUAUUUUUUGAGAUACUUGACUGUUGUGGGUUAUUUACACAAUUAAAUAAACUUAUCUAUCUAAGGUUAAAAAGUAAGGCAGGGCUGGUCCAAACUGGACGUCUUUAGGACGUCUUUAGUGAUAUUUUAGAGGAUUUUGAUCUUACAGGAGUUUAUAUUUAUGCUUAUUUGUACAACUUCCACUUCUUCUUUUAGCUACAAGUAUAUAUGCUCGCUUUAUUUAUUUCAAUUCGUUAGCUCAGAUUUUUGUGCUAAUAUUCUUGAUCAGCGUCAUUUUUAGAUGACCAUUAAGUUUGAAUUCCUUUUUUACACUCGUCUUGAUUCUGAAGAUGAUUUCUACCUCGCAACAUAUUUUUUUUAUUAAAGUAACCAUUUUUCUUCGACAGCAAGUUUCCUUUUCCGCUGCUCUAGGAAGCAGUAACUUCUAUAAUUUUUUUCAAGUAUUUCCUGUCAAAAACGCGUACCGUAAAAUGGGUUGAAUAGGAACGGUUUUCAACUUUUAACUGAAAAAAAUGUCACUAACACAUAUUGCAAACAUAAAACUUAUGCAUUGUUAUUUGGGUCUUACCUUCCUUUUUUGAUAUUUAGAUGUUAUGAGUUUUUUUUUUGAAAAAUGGCUUUGGCAGAGCCAGUUAGCCAGACUUGUUUCUGAUUGAUUGCAGAUUCAUAGUCAUAAAUUUCUUAUAACAUAAGUACAUUCUACAAUUUUAUUUUUAUAGAUACAUUGGUACAUUGUGUAGCUUUUUUUUAUUUUGUUUUUUUUUUAAUUAUUUUACUGUGUUUUUUUAUAUAUAUUUUAAUUUGUGCGAAACACUUUUUUUACUUCUUUUUUUUUCUAUUCUUUUUUAAUUUUGUUCCUUUUUUUUCUUUUUUUUUGUUUAUUAUUUUUUUUUGUUAUUACUUUAUUUUGUGUUUUUUUUUAAUAUUAUUUUUUUUAAAUUUUUUCAAACCACAUUAACAAAUUAUGCCUAUUUAUUACAGAUUACGUUUACAACUUGUAUUUACAUAAUUUAACAUGUUUAUAAAUGAGAUGAAGAGUUUCCAUAUCAUUUGAAAAUAUUAAAGUAUUUAGGUUUAUUGGGAAAAAACAUUUUAAAUCUUUUAAUUCCUUAUAAAGGUCGUUUAUGUUAUUUAUGUUUAAAUGACAUUCUAAUAUGACAUGUGUUAGAUCUCUGAUUUUGCCACAAGUACAAUUGGGAGUAUCUGCCAAGCCGAUUCUAUGCAUGUAAGAUGGCGUAAGAGCAUGAUUGGCUCUCAAUCGAUUAAUGGUCUUUAUAAAAUGUCUGUUAUAUUCUGUGUAAAACCAUCUUUUUGAGAAUAUCCUAGGGUUACAAUGAGCAAAAUUUGAGCCAGUAUUACAUUCUCUCUAAUGCAAUUGCCAAUUAUUUUUAAGUUUUUCUCUGCUAAAAGUAUCAAUAUCUGAAGCUGGAAUUAAAUUUUUGUUUAUUUUUUCUCCGAUCACAUAAGCUGAUUUAGCAAAAUUGUCAACUAUUUCAUUGCCUUUUAUUCCCGAUUGACCCUUAAUCCAAGCAAUUGUUACAUUUACUCCUAAUUGUAUAAUUUCAAACAGAGUUUUAAGAAUAUUCAAUUCAAUGUGGUUUAUGUGUUUGACUGUUUGAAUGUUACUCAAUCUGUCCACCACGCUUUUACUGUCAGUAAAUAUAACAUAAUUGCUAGUUGGAUUCAGUAGUACAUACUGAACAGCAAACAUUACUGCUAUCAUUUCUGCUGUUUAUAUUGAGCAUUCAAUAGGUAGGCUAUAUUGAUGAUGGUAAUUUUUAUUUUCGUGGAAUACUGCACAGCCCGUUCCAUUUGCGUCUUUUGACCCAUCGGUAAAUAUGUACUGAAAAUUUAACCAUUUUUCUCUAAUAAGUAUAUCAAACAUAUUUGGCGGUGAAUGUGAGUUUAAAUAACAUGUUUUAACCUUGUUAGAAAAUAAUGUUUUUGUCAUUUAAUAAGUCAAAUUAUUAUUAUAAUAUUUGUCAAAUCAUGUUAAUAAGUUAAAAAGUUAAUAUGUACUUUAAUCACAAAAAAAUCAAAACCUGGUGUUCCUAUUGUGGGAACACAUGUAUUAAAAACUAUUGUGUUCCUAUUCGUACAUUUGUAGGGUCAAUAGAAACAGGUAAAAAGUGUCUAAGGUGUAAAAUAACAUACACAAAUAAAUACAUAUGAAGUUUGCAUUGUUGGAAAAAUAUAUUGUUGAAAUGAAAAAUAUUUUUUAAACUCUAAUUUGGCAUUUUUCUCUGAAGGACUAUUAACCAGUUUCUUUAAUAGUCCAGGAAACUUGUCUGUAGCAAUUAUUGUGGAUUCAUUCCUGCCUGGUCCUGUUUUUCAUUCCUCAACUAUUUUGGCCCACAUAAUCUUCAUGGCUCUUGUUGCGUCUUGACAUACAUUUAAACUUUUUGGCCAGCAGUUCUGAUGUUUGCAGAAAACCGUAUAAAUAUUUAUUUAAAAUUUUCGUAAUCCACAUUUGGUCCUUCGAGCCGGAUGCUGAAAAUUAGUGUCCAUACUAAUUAGAAACAUUGUGUUCAUUAAUACCACGCGUGGUUGAAAACCCUGGUAGAAGUUUGUUUUGGAUUGGAGACGAUAGCUAACCGCUAGAAACACGUUUUGCAAGGAAUCAAUAUAAUAUUUAUAAUUUGUUGUUAGAUGAGAUAUUGUUUCAUUUGGACUUACUCUAUGGAGAUAUUAGAUAAAAAAGUAAUUUCUAAUAUAUGGGGUGAAUGGCAACACGGUAAAUAUUAUGUUCCUAUCCACCCCACAUAUCUCAAAUUAUUCAUGACGUGAACAGUAAUAAUUGUUGUUAACAAAAAAAGUUAACAGAUAAAUCAAAGUAUCAUCAUGUUAUAUUGUUGUAAAGGUUAGAAUAAACAAAAAAAAACAAUAUUCUUCAAUAUAUUUUGACAGACAUUUUGUACUUACUGAGAAAGUUUUUUAGGAUGAGAAAUAUCCUCAAAAUUAACGACUUUGUUUGCACGCCGAGAACAUAUGAACUAGUGACGCCAACAACACAAACCUAAAUUUCCUAAAGCCAUAUCACGUUAGCUAACUUGAAAAAAAUUAAAUAGCCCAACGAAAGUAAUAUAUAUGUUUAGGAAGAUUAUUGUAAUUGUUUAGUGAACUUUUGUUCCUAUUCACCCCACUGUUCCUAUUCACCCCAUUUUACAGUACUUCGCAUACCUCGAAACGCCAAGGAAUCUAUUUUUGCAGAUUCCUAGUUACUUAAAAAGGAUUGUUAGGAACAUCUAUGAUAUAAUCAAGAUGUAGUGUGUCCGUCUCCACUAUCUUGCAGCUGUUCAUUGCUGCUCGAAAAGUCGGUACACAUAUGCGAGCCGCACUCUUUGCGAACACUAUAUUCGUAUAAUGUACUGCGGAACGAACCGCUUGCGAGCUGUUCGUUCGUCGCUCGUCGCGAACGACGGCUUGUCGGUUUUUGCGACGAACACAAAGGAUAUUCGCAGUUCAAUUUGGACGGCUUUUGCAACGAUAUUGGUUGGUUUGUGUCGUCGCAUCUAGAUUGUAUAACUUGUUCCUAGUUUGAAUUUAAGUCUGUUUUAGACUAUAACAUAAAAUUAUGUAAGAAAAUCGUAUACUAAGUUUUGUCACAAUGUAAAACAGGAAACAAAAUCUGUUAACAGAAAAUUAGAACAUGUCCUAUUUGAUAACAAUUUUUAGUACACAGGCAUGCGCAGUUAGGUUAUUUUCGUUAUACUGUUACAUUGGUUCUUUUAAGGUUAACUUUUCUUUUAAGAAAUGUUGCAAUGGAAGCAGCUGAUAAUAAUAGAGUUUUCUUAUCCAUCAUAUAACAUAUCUUUGUAAUAUAAAAUAUCAAAGAUAAAACUAACUAGGUUAAAUGUUGAGGAAAAUGAGGUUAAAAUAUUCUUAAAAGAAAAUAAGAAGAAAAUUGAGGUUAACAGUACAUGUACCAUCACAAAAAUAUAAAAAAGUACUUUUUUUAGCAUGUAAUGCGCAGAAUCAAAUAACAUAUUCUAAUAGGAAAAAGUGACAAUGUAAUACACAAAACUUCUUGUCUUAAUGGACAGCCUGAGUCUGGUGUAACAAAAUUGGGAGGAGCUUAUAUUGACUCCAAGCAAUUUGUUUGUAAGGUUAAAUGGUCAUAAGGAAUUUUUCAUUUAUGUGCUUUGUGUGGCAAAAUAAGAUGUGGCAUUUAGAUAUUUCGUUAAAGAAAUAAUUAAGAGAUUUCUAUUCGUUUUUGCUCAUGUGGUUUUUAUUCCUUAGUGGUUGAAAUUAAACAUAACCUCAAAACUGUUUACGUUCUAAUCAUUGCAUUAAAUUAACUCACCUGAGCAAAAACGAAUAAAAAUCUCUUAACUGACACGUUUCUUUAACUAAAUACCUAAAUGAAAAGUCUUAUUUUGUCACACAAACCACGUAAACAAUAAAUGAAAAAUUCCUUACGGGUUUAUACCUUAUAAACAAAAUUGUUUGGGAGUCAAAUAUAAGCUCCUCCCAAUUUUGUGACGUCAAGACUUAGGAUGUCCAUAUUGUACAAAAAAUUUCAUGUAAAUUUUUGUUAUAUCAUUUUCUGUUAACAAAAAAAAGUAUAGUCUAAAACAGUCUUCAGUUUAAUUGUUAUGUUUUGUAUAAUAUUAUAAAUAAAAGUAGUAAAUAUUGUAAUAUCUAUUUUUUUUGCCUUCCAAAAAUACACAACACGCUUGCACUUAUACAAAAACAAACCUGUUACUUUGUACAAGCUAGUUCGUAGUUGGUUCGCCGGUUUCCAUGGAUCGUGACGUAUGUCCGAUGAGUUCGCUGUAAACAUAUUUUCAACGAACUGUUUGCAAACAGCUCGCGAACAGUUCGGCUCGCAUAUGUGUAGCCAUCUUAAUGUGGGAAGAGUAAAAUUAUACAGAGACAUGCAAUUGACUGAGUCAAUGUAAUGUAAUGGUAAAAAUUACUGGUUCCUUUAAAAAGCAUUUGACACAGCCUUGCGGAUUUUAAAAUGUUAGAUAGACAAAACCGUUGUCGAAUUUGUUUUAUAUUAUAAUAAAUUAUUUAUUUAAGUGUCGCAUUAGUUAUAUUUGUAAUUAGGGAUGAACAUUUUUUUCAGAGCCGACAUUUGUGAUUUAUUUAAAUACGAUUUAAAUAAAAUAGAAAUAAAAAUUUUUAUCUUA